AACAGCAUGCCUGCCUGGCUGGCUCUCCCUUACUGGUCCUGGGUGUGUGUGUUCUCCAGGCAGGAGGACACUCUAGCGUCGGCCUGUACCUUUGAGGCAGCGCCCGCCCUGGACUGGUGCUUCUGGGAAAAAAGCAGGCAGGGUGGCUGGCUUGGCUGCCAUAUGCUGUGUGAUUCUGGGAAGCAGUAUUAUGGCUUAUGGAAUAAAACUGCAGAGCUUCUGAAAGCACACAUCCCGAGGCCAGUGGUUCUGGAGGAGCUAAAGCCAGUAGGAUAAGGAAGGACUUUGUGUGUGUCUGUGUGGUGGGGAGGAAGGUUAGCUCAGUCAUAUACAUCAUCAAAUAGGGGGAAUCUCAAACUAUGAGUACAGAGGAAAGCACUUUAUGCUCAAAGCACGAUCACACAGCUGCUUCAGAGGUCAAUUGGAGGUAGUGAGAGAGAGGGGAGAAAAAUUGAGGGAGGGAGGCAAGGAGGGAGGUAGUGAGAAGGAGGGGAAAAGAGGGAGGCAGGGAGAGGGAGGGUACAAGAGAGGUAAAGGAGGGAUUGAAUAUGGACAUGCAUGACUCGUAUUCAAACACGCAGGUGGACACUGGCACGCUAGCCAGGGCUCUGAGUGUGAUUGAACUAUUCACACCCGGUCUGGACCUUCGUUACCCCUGAAACACACACAAACACACACACACAUGCACUUUAGAUAUUUAUGCGCUGUGCAUAUAAACAUGCAUAUACAGUAUAUGCUCUCUUUGUUUCUCUCUCACGUUCUCUCACUCUCUCUCUGGACUGCAUACAUAUUAGUUAUUCAGUAGAUGCAUCUUCAGUCUGUACUGUAUAGUUCUUCUUUGUGGGAAAUUAUACAACGGGUGGGUCUAGUCCGAGAUGCUGAUUGGUUAAAACCGCAUUCCAGCCGGUGUCUAUUCCACAAGUUACCACCGGCUAAAUCUAUGACGUUGAAAUUUUACUCUGUUCCAUCAGAAUGUGCAAUCCACUGUCUCACCAGCUCAGCCAGGCAAUUUAUAUACUAGAUCUACAAAGUAAAAAGCAUCUAGACAUUAUUUCCCAUUUCUUUUAGACUAGUAUUUGGUUUUCAACAGCAAAGGUUUGUAAUAACCUUGCUGUCUGUCUCAACAGCAUUUGCAACAUUGUUUCAAUAUUUGAUCUCCAGCUGUCCUAUGGUAAUGAACAGGUCGGGAGUCGGGACAAGACAGACAGGCUGGCAGCUUUUCUCAGCCAGUCAAAAUCAUGAAUCAGCAUAAUUUUUAUGGAUAUAUGCAAAGAAAUGUCAAUAGAAAAACACGAAAUGCAGCUAGUUUGCUGUCAUUCCAUGUUCAGUUUGAAGUGAUUGUGCUAGCUGUGUAGUUGGCAAUCUUUUCUGAACAGUGGCCUGGCGAGAGAGCAAAUGUUCAAUGCCAGGCAAAAUUGCACAUCAUUAGCUCGUUGUUAUGGAUGUAUAAAAAAGCACUAGAACACUACUUAAACAAACGGAAAUGCAGCUACUUUGCUGUUAUUCUGGCUGCACUGUUUGACGCGAAUGUGUUAGCCAAAGUUGACUAGCUAGCAAGCAAGGGAUAAGAACGUUGCCAGCCAUCAUGGCAAUGGAACAUUUAGAACAAACAACUGUUUUCUAAAUCCAUAAAUGUAGAAAACAAAUACUUAAUGACUUGUUUCGCGUCUCUGGCAUUCAAAUUGAUAGUUGCUUGGGUAGCAACCCUAGAUUUGUAUCGGGACUACACUACCGGUCAAAAGUUUUAGAACACCUACUCAUUCAAGGGUUUUUCUUCAUUUUUACUAUUUUCUACAUUGUAGAAUAAUAGUGAAGACAUCAAAACUAUGAAAUAACACAUAUGGAAUCAUGUAGUAACCAAAAAAUGCCAAGAGUGUGCAAAGCUGUCAUCAAGGCAAAGGGUGGCUAUUUGAAGAAUCUCAAAUAUAAAAUAUAUUUUGAUUUGUGUAACACUUUGUUGGUUACUACAUGAUUCCAUAUGUGUUAUUUUAUGGUUUAAAUGUCUUCACUAUUAUUCUACAAUGUAGAAAAUAGUAAAAAUAAAGAAAAACCCUUGGAUGAGAAGGUGUUCUAAAACUUUUGACUGGUAGUGUAUAUCUCAUGGAAGGAUUAAAUAGUACGAAUAAAUUAAUUCAAAUAACAUGUUUAAUGAAAAUAUGUAAAUCAUUAUUUGAAUAUGUUGGUAACCCGUUGUAUAAAAGUGAUAAUGACCUCGGAACCGGUGUUUGGAGGAUAUAUUGGCACAGUUUGCCAGCCCUUCGAUACCCGUGCCAAUAUAUCCUCCAAACACCAACUUCUCUGGCAUUAUCACUUAACUAUUCCAUGUCUGUUAAACCUAUAGAGCUUCAGUUGUGAGCUGACACAGUGGUUCCAGUCUACCUCUCUCUCUCUCUCUCUCUCUCUCUCUCUCUCUCUCUCUCUCUCUCUCUCUCUCUCUCUUUCUUUUACAGCCAACCAAUUAACACCAUAAUCCAUCUACCUGUGCCUUUGCCAUCAGAUAAAGUAGCUCACCCCCAUUCCUCCUCCUCCUCCUCCUCAUCACCCUCUCUCUCCUUCUCUUCACAUGGACGUGCAGACAGCUGUGCACAGUUUUAAUUGACAGGAUCACUCAUGCUCUAGGAAGUGAACAUCUCUGAAUUUCUAAUUAAGCAAGGCUGGGGUUGAAGUGCAGGAGAGGAGAAGGCUGGAUGAAUCCAUCCCCCUCUUCUCUCUCUCUCUCUCUCUCUCUCUCUCUCUCUCUCUCUCUCUGUCUCUGUCUCUCUGUCUCUCUCUCCUCACUCUCUCUCUCUCAUUAGUGUUAUGGUCAGGUGGGGGGUGUUUAUGCUAGGAAGGUCGGGAGACAGCAUGAGGAGAAGGUGGGCGUUUACUGUAUCUGUUUAUAUUGUAAGUAAUGUCAUCCCAAUGUAUUGUGGGUCUCUGUGUUGUUUACAGCAUUCAGUUGGGAGUCUUGGGCAGACAUGCUAUAAUUUCAGAAUUUCUUAUUUGUCUCUCCAGUUUGGUACACUCUUAGAAAAAAGGGUUCUAAAGGGGUUCUUUGGCUGUCCCCAUAGGAGGACCCUUUUUGGUUCCAGGUAGAACCCUUUUGGGUUCCAUGUGGAACCCUCUGUGGAAAGGGUUCUUCAUAGAACCCAAAAUAGUUCUACCUGGAACCAAAAGGGUUUCACCUGGAACCAAAAAUGGUUCUUGAAAGGGUUCUCCUAUGGGGACAACCGAAGAAACCUUUUAGGUUCUAGAUAGCACCUUUUUUUCUAAGAGUGUAUAUAGCCUACUUUUUUUGUGUGUCAGUGUGUCUACUCUGAAUGUAAAUGUAUACUCUGAAUGUAAAUGUGUCCACUCUGAAUGUAAAUGUGUCUUUUCUGAAUGUCAAUGUGUAUACUCUGAAUGUAAAUGUGUCUACUCUGAAUGUCAAUGUGUCUACUCUGAAUGUAAAUGUGUCUACUCUGAAUGUCAAUGUGUCUACUCUGAAUGCCAAUGUGUCUACUCUGAAUGUCAAUGUGUCGACUCUGAAUGUCAAUGUGUUGACUCUGAAUGUAAAUGUCUACUCUGAAUGUCAAUGUGUCUACUCUGAAUGUCAAUGUGUUGACUCUGAAUGUCAAUGUGUCGACUCUGAAUGUCAAUGUGUCUACUCUGAAUGUAAAUGUAUCUACUCUGAAUGUCAAUAUGUAUACUCUGAAUGUCAAUAUGUCUACUCUGAAUGUCAAUGUAUCUACUCUGAAUGUCAAUAUGUCUACUCUGAAUGUCAAUGUGUCUACUUUUUUGUCUGAUACCCUAGCUUACAUGUCAAUGGACAACUCUGCCAUGCCCGUACACCCACAGUCCCACCCACAACCAUAGAGCUCCAUGCAGCCUGUGUGAGCUUGCAGAGGUGGAUUAUGAGUGCCGCCCCCUCUCUCCCUCCCUCUCCAUGGUCUCUCCAGAGAGCUGCAGCUUUAAUAACAGUAAGUGGAUAAUGUCCUAGCUCAUAUGAGCAUUUGGAUGGAGGCUUAACCGUGGCUUAGCUCCAGCCAUCCAGUCACAGUGGAGGCAGGGGAGCUGGGGAAUACUACUGUGUGUGAGUGUGUGCAGUCCUGUGCUACUUCAUCGUCUUCCAUGCCUUUCCACUUCUAACUCACUGUGUCCUAGAGCUACCAUUCAGAGCAGCCCAUCUCUGUCCUCCCACUGUCUCUGUGGGGUCAAUCUAUGGCCAGGCCAGGUUAUACAGAGGACAUCAGAACCGCCAGCACCGAUAUCGUCAGGACAGUAACAGUGAUGAUAAUCAUUAUAAGCACGUCGGGUUUGCUCCAGUCAUGACAUGCCCCACCACUGUCUUCCUAAUAGGAACAGAUUAGUGAAGAGGUGAUGUACACAUCCAUACAAUGUCACUGUCUGUGUUCUAAUGGAGAAACUGACAAGGUAACUCAGUCUGUACUAUACACAGUGCUAUUUUAAAGCAAUUUUAGAUCAAUAAGAAAUAUAGGUAGUGUACUGUAUGUAAUAUUAAAUGUUAAGUACUGCACUUCCCUUGGAGAGCAUGCUAAAGAAGAACCAUGCAAGGCAUUAUUCAUGUCCUGCAUAGACAUGUUUUUACUGGGACUAGGACCAUUAAACCCUAGUCUAAGCCUAAAAUGUUCUUACCAAGGAUAAUUUAGCUAUUUGAUUUUGAAUUUUAGGACCCCAUUACGUAUAAAAAUAUAUACACUACCGUUCAAAAGUUUGGGGUCACUUAGACAUGUCCUUGUUUUCGAAAGAAAAGCAAUUUUGUUGUCCAUUAAAAUAUCAUCAAAUUGAUCAGAAAUACAGUGUAGACAUUGUUAAUGUUGUAAAUGGCUAUUGUAGCUUGAUACGGCAGAUUUUUAUGGAAUAUCUACAUAGGCGUACAGAGGCCCAUUAUCAGCAACCAUCAGUCCUGUGUUCCAAUGGCACGUUGUGUUUUCUAAUCCAAGUUGAUCAUUAGAAAACCCUUUUGCAAUUAUGUUAGCACAGCUGAAAACUGUUGUGCUGAUUAAAGAAGCAAUAAAACUGGCCUUCUUGAGACUAGUUGAGUAUCUGGAGCAUCAGCAAUUGUGGGUUCGAUUACAGGCUCAAAAUGUCCAGAAACAAAUAACUUUCUUCUGAAACGUGUCAGUCUAUUCUUGUUCUGAGAAAUGAAGGCUAUUCCAUGUGAGAAAUUGCCAAGAAACUGAAGAUCUCGUAUAAUGCUGUGCACUACUCCCUUCACAGAACAGUGCAAACUGGCUCUAACCAGAAUAGAAAGAGGAGUGGGAGGCCCCAGUUCACAACUGAGCAAGAGGACAAAUACAUUAGAGUGUCUAGUUUGAGAAACAGACGCCUCACAGGUCCUCAACUGGCAGCUUCAUUAAAUAGUAACCGCAAAACACCAGUCUCAACGUCAACAGUGAAGAGGCACUCUGGGAUGCUGACCUUCUAGGCAGAGCUGCAAAGAAAAAGCAAUAUCUCAGACUGGCCAAUACAAAUAAAAGAUUAAGAUGGGCAAAAGAACACAGACACUGGACAGAGGAAGAUUGGAAAAAAAGUGUUAUGGACAGACGAAUCGAAGUUUGAGGUGUUCGGAUCACAAAGAAUAACAUUUGUGAGACGCAGACCAAAUGAAAAGAUGCUGGAGGAGUGCUUGAUGCCAUCUGUCAAGCAUGGUGGAGGCAAUGUGAUGGUCUGGGGGUGCUUUGUUGAUGGUAAAGUGGGAGAUUUGUGCAGGGUAAAAGGGAUAUUGAAGAAGGAAGGCUAUCACUCCAUUUUGCAAUGCCAUGCCAUACCCUGUGGACGGAGCCAAUUUCCUCCUACAACAGGACAAUGACCCAAAGCACAGCUCCAAACUAUGCAAUAACUAUUUAGGGAAGAAUCAGUCAGCUGGUAUUCUGUCAAUAAUGGAGUGGCCAGCACAGUCACCGGAUCUCAACCCUAUUGAGCUGUUGUGGGAGCAGCUUGACCGUAUGGUACUUAAGAAGUGCCCAUCAAGCCAAUCCAACUUGUGGGAGGUGCUUCAGGAAGCAUGGGGUGAAAUCUCUUCAGAUUACCUCAAAAAAUUAACAACUAGAAUGCCAAAGGUCUGCAAGGCUGUAAUUGCUGCAAAUGGAGGAUUAUAUGACGAAAGCAAAGUUUGAAGGACACAAUUAUUAUUUCAAUUAAAAAUAACCUACAUUUCCUAUUAAUUUUGCUAUAUUUCCUAUUCAAACUCAUUUCAUGUAUGUUUUCAUGGAAAACAAGGACAUUUCUAAGUGGCCCCAAACUUUUGAACGGUAGUGUAUAUAAAAAAAAUAUAUUUGAUGAAACAUUGAAUUUGGCCUUACUGCUAUUAGCCCAUAGAAACACAUUGAAUAACAUAUUCAUACAGGGAAAAAUGGAUAAUCAAAAAACAAAUCAAAGGAAGUUUGUUUUGAAGUGUCUGUCCUAUAUCUGGUGUAUACACUCAGGUGUAUGCCAUGGGUGGGACUGGUACCUUUUCCCCUCGCUGUCUCCAUUUCCAUGUUACACUUCAUACCUCUACCUCUCCCUCUUUCCUCUAUGCCUCCAUUACUCUCUUUCUCUCUCUCUCGAUCUCUCUCUCUUUCUCUCUUUCUCCCCUCUCUAUCCCUCCCUCUCUCUCUAUUUCUCUCUUCACCCCCCCCCCCCCCCCCCCCCCUCUCUCUCCAGAUGGCCCCCUCUCUCAGAGAGUGUUGACACCAGAUGUACAGCUCCAGUGUCGGCCCGGAGACCAGCUGGGCUGAGAGUGCCAGUGGUUCCGUUAAUGAAAAUGGCUCUACUGUGUGUGCCUGUGUGCGUGCGUGUGUGUGUGUGUUUGUGUUGUUUUCGCUGGGGAAGUGGCAUGUGAUGGUACUGGCAGUCUCGGUGGGUGAGGGCUUACGGAGCGGCCUACAGUGAGUUACAUUGCUGCUCGUGCCAAACCCAACCAACUGCACAACCACUGAGCCCUAAUGACACAGCAGCCAGACUGAACAGAAUGAACGCUCUUCUCUCCACAUCACACCCCCCUCAACACCUCCCUGUCUCUCAUGCUCUCUCUCCCUCUCUCUUUCUGUCUCUCAUGCUAUCUCUCUCCCUCUCUCUUUCUGUCUCUCACAUUCUCCCUCUUUUUUCUCAUACAUAAUUACUCUUUCAAUUUACUUACUUAGCAGAGAUGGGCAAACAUGGCUAAUCACUAAUGAAUCUCCUGAAACAAAUAUAGUCCAGGGUGGAAUGUGUUGUUUUCUAACCGCUGGAGGAGACAUGUGUUGUUGCAGUAAUGUAGCAUUGGUUUAAUGACUGAUUAUUGGUGUAAAUAAGGUAGUGUCCAAGCUAAUGUAAUAAGGAAUGUUCCACUCCGAUAAAAGCUGGAAAACACAGUUGUUCACUGAAGGAGCUAUGGCCACAUGCUGAGCUCUGUAGUUUAUACAUUUGUUCUGAAACAAUUGAUUACUACAGCCCUUUCUCCUGAUCAAUUCAAUUAUAAUAGAACAGUAGGAGGAAAACUUCCGUUGGGCUGGUGUUAAUUGUAACAACCUAACUACAACAUGUUGCCAUGGAGAGAGACAAAGAUGAUAUGUUUUUGUUGACACCCCUGAGGAAGUGUGUCUGACUAGAUGUAAUGAUUCCUAUUUUUUCCUUUACAAACUGACUGCUGAUUGUCAUUCUGACACAAAAUGGUUGCCAUUCAUCAGCCGGGUGGUUGGAAUACAUUGAGCUCUUAGGGAAUGUCUAUCCUCAUGAAUCCAGCUCUCCCAGGGUCGUUACAUUCUCUUUCCCUGCCAGCCGUUCACUAAGUGAGCAGAGACACAGAAUGGAUAGAUGGCCUAGAGAAGCAGAGGCCGGUGUCUCUCCUCCGGCCCAGGGUGGGGUGAAAGAGAGGACAUCCUCCGCCCUCUUCCUCUUUUGUCCUCUUCCUCUUUUGAUCUCAGGCAGAUCAAUGAAUUCCCCCUGUCUGUUACACUCUCAUGUAGUGAAAAGCCUUGUGAAGGUUUGAACUGAGGUCAGGGAGAGGAGGAGAGAGAGAACAAGAGAGAGAUGGAGAAAGGGAAAUGUUGGUGUGAAGGUCAGUACAUUGGGACUAAUGCGAUGAAGCAGAAUAAAUUAACGUUAAACUGGAAACGAGUAAAAGCCCAUUGGACAGAGAAUGUCUGACAUGUUGCUUUCCUGCUUCUAAUUUCAUUCUGUCCUUUAUUUAUCAGAGCCAAACACUAUGGCCUAUACAGGGACAUUCCCAGAAACUGUGUAUUAUUAUGUGUGUAGUGAAACAAGAGACAAGAGAAAUCCCUUUUCAAACAAGGGCUUCAAGUUUUCACAUGGAUUAUAUUUUACAUUUAUAGAUGAUAUUAUCAUAGCUUCAUCCAGAUUAUCAGAUACAUGAUGUACAAGUACAUUUUUGAAGGAUGAUAUUUGCAGGGUGAACCAUGUUCUUUGUUGUGUUGACACACGGUAAGCCACAGUAUAUGAGCAUAUCAGCCAGGACAGUAUGUGUGUCAAAGAGACAACCAACAUGUACGUGUUUGUGAGAGUCUCUGCUUUCGAUGGUGGGGUAAUUAGGUUGUAACCCAAACCGUUGGGACGCUACAGACGUUUUUGUGAGAACACCGAUUUUCUGGAUGUCUCCUGCUCUGACAAACACCACUCUGCCACCUUCCACCACUGAUGUGGAAAGCUGGCCGACGGAUGCGGUGGAUUGAGACGCAGCCCAUGCAAGAAAACAUUUAUUUGUAUCUUUAUCUUUAAUUCUGCAUUGUUGGAAAAGGACCUGUAAGUACGCAUUUCACUGUUAGUCUACACAUCUUGUUUACGAAGCAGGUGACAAAUAAAAUUUGAUUUGAUUUGAAAACAGAUAUCUCUAGCUUAAACAGUUGGAUUUUAAUGAGCAUUUUUUUUAUUAUGCUAACUAGAUUGACCCUUGGUCGCGUCAAUUGACUCAGUCGGUCAUGAUUACCUUGCGAUGGACCAUAUACAGUGCCUUCGGAAAGUAUUCAGACCUCUUGACUUUUUCCAUAUUUUGUUACAUUAUAGCCUUAUUCUAAAAUGGAUAAAAUACAAUAAAAUCCUCAGCAAUCUACACACAAUACCCCAUAAUGACAAAGUGAAAAUAUGUUUUUAGAAAUUUUUGCAAAGUUAUAAAAAUUUAAAAACAGAAAUAUCUUAAGGAACCUAAAGACUCUCAGACCAUGAGAAACAAUAUUCUCUGGUCUGAUGAAACCAAGAUUGAACUCUUUGACCUGAAUGCCAAGCGUCACGUCUGGAGAAAACCUGGCACCAUCCCUACGGUGAAGCAUGGUGGUGGCAGCAUCGCGCUGUGGGGAUGUUUUUCAGCUGCAGGGACUGGGAGACUAAUCAGGAUCGAGGCAAAGAUGAACGGAGCAAAGUACAGAGAGAUCCUUGAUGAAAACCUGCUCUGGAGCGCUCAGAACCUCAGACUGGGGCGAAGGCUCACCUUCCAACAGGACAACGACCCUAAGCACACAGCCAAGACAACCCAGGAGUGGCUUCGGGACAAGUCUCUGAUUGUCCUUGAGUGGCCUAGACAAAGCCCGGACUUGAACCUGAUCUAACAUCUCUGGAGAGACCUGAAAAAAGCUGUGCAGCAACAAUCCCAAUCCAACCUGACUUUAGAGGAUCUGCAGAGAAGAAUGGGAGAAACUCCCCAAAUAGGGGUGUGCCAAACUUGUAGUGUCAUACCCAAGAAGACUCGAGGCUGUAGUCACUGCCAAAGGUGCUUCAACAAAGUACAAAGUACUGAGUAAAGGGUCUGAAUACUUAUGUAAAUGUGAUAUUUCAGUUUAUUUCUUAUUAUAAGUUAACAAAAACAUUCUAAAAACCUGUUUUUGCUUUGUCUUUAUGGUGUAUUUUGUGUAGAUUGAUGAGGGGGGGCGGGGGUAACAAUUUAAUAAAUGUUAGAAUAAGGCUGUAACGUAACAAAAUGUGGAAAAAGUCAAGGGGUCUGAAUACUUUCCAAAGGCACUGUACAAACCCAUAAAAACAACUGGAAUGAUCUCACCAAAUUGCUUAGCCCAGCAAAGCAUUGGAAAUAACCCUAGUGUCUGAUACGUUUUGCUGCCUUGCUGGUGGGCGCUGAGGCUUGCAGUGCUAUUCUAGUGAAGUUUGUGUGAGUUUUAUCAUUCCCCUGCUGCUGCUGCGCUGGAUUAGGUUGUCUGCUGAGGACAUCCAGAAUGCAGCUGCCUGCCUGCUUGCCUAUCUGCCUCAGCGCUGCACAUCUCUAAAUGUGUUUACUAAGAGCCCCAGUCAGAGGAAAUGUGUUUAUAUGACAACUAUACUCAAUCAUGUGUUUAUCUACACUGACAGCAACACUAUUUAUAUACCCUGACAGGCUGAAACUAAAUUAGUGCUUGUUUACCUAGACCUACGGCCAUGUUUACCAAGACCUGAAAUCCUCUGUGUCUUUUCGGACCUGGCAUGCAGACCAAGCAGGCAAGCUCUAUCUGUGAGAGUAACUCAAAAUAUGUUUUCCAGAAAAAGGGCUAGCAGGUACUUAAGGCACCCCUGACACUACCAAUAUCAAAUAACAAAAAUGCAUAAUGUAUGAAAUUGUCAGACCGUUGAAAUCCAAAAAGACACACUCACUCGCACUCUCACACACAGAGAGACCCAAGCAAUCAUCUGCAAUGGGACAGUGUUGUCUGUGAGUGAGUUUGUUUCUACACUCUGUAUCACCAAUAGUAGUCCCAGUAAGAGUCAGUGUUGGGGUAUUUUGUGUUCCUGGUCAGUCUGUGGGGGAGGCUGUGUAUCCCAUUGGGGAGCUGGAGGUCAGAAGAGAGAUUCUACAAAGCUGAACCCUAUUCCUCAACCUUCUUUUCCCUCUCUCUCCUUAAUUCCUAUCUUAUUAACUGUCCCAGCUUUCCAUUGUCAACUCCUGACCCCCUUUUUUAAUGGUGAUGUGUGUGUAUUGUGUAUGUGCAUGCUUUAUUUAGCUUUUAAUUCUCCCAAAAUUGGUGAAAAUGUUUUCUCUCCACCAGUUUGUGUGUCUAAUUAACAAGUUGUGUCUGUGUUUGUGUGCCAACAUGUUGCAUCUUCAGAAAAGUGAAUUUGGCAUUGAGCAUAAUAAUAAGUGCCCUUGGGAAGUCAGUUGAAGUUGCCAGUCUUGCUGAGGGUCAUCAGUGGGCAUUGGGGUGGCGAUGUGGGCACAGAGAGUUGAAUGGGAAAGGGAUUAUAAUCCAGGGGAUUUAACUGCCUGCUCCAUUCGGGAAGAGUGACCUGGCACUCUUUAAAUCCCCUGGGUGCUUUUCUGGAAACUUGGGGAUUUUGGGAUAUAGGGAGGUGGGCAUUCUGGCAACGCAGCUUCAAGAGACAGAUAAUGGCUGGGGAUAUACUGUAAUAUGCUUUCAUUUUCGCAGCAACUGCCUUUGACAAUGGUGAGUUGCUUAGUGGAGGGCAAUGCCAUUCUCUUCAUGGUGAUGUAUCCUGAAUAGGCACACAAAGGUAGAAAAAAUGUAAUAUCCUUGUUUGGGUAUUAUACUACACACUGACUAUUAUUCUAAAGAGCUCCAUCCCCAAGAAAGACCAAAUUUGGUUGGUCCAGACCAUUCAUAGACUUCAUACACAAGUUUGGACAUCACAGUACAGCAUAAUAGAGCACAGUAGAGUACAGAACAUCACAGCACAGCACAUAAACCAUAAACGUAGUGAAUACCAUUAGUGUUUAAUAUGAGGGUUUCAGCAUGAAAUAGCCUUGAUUUAUUUUUUUACAACUUUUAUUUAUUUUGCUAUGUUAAUAAUUAUUUGUUGUCAAUGUUUUGGCGUCAAAUUGGUGGCAGUUUUGAAAAAAGUCAAUAGUUGGAAGAGUUGCAGAGCUACAGUGUCUUCAGAAUGUAUUCAAACCCCUUGACUUAUUCCACAUGUUGUUACAGCCGGAAUUAAAAGUGAAUUAAAUUGUUUUUCUUCUCACCCAUCUACACACAAUACCCCAUAAUGACAAAGUGAACAUAUGUUUUUAGAAUUGUUUUCACAUUUAUUUAAAAUGAAAUACAGAAAUAUCUCAUUUACAUAAGUAUUCACACUGCUGAGUCAAUACUUUGUAGAAGCACCUUUGGCAGCGUUUACAGCUUUGAGUCUUUCUGGGUAAGUCUCUAAGAGCUUUCCACCAAAGGAUUGUGCAACAUUUUCCCAUUAUUAUUUUCAAAAUUCUUCAAGCUCUGUCAUAUUGGUUGUUGAUCGUUGCUAGAAAACAAUUUUCAGGUCUUGCCAUAGAUUUUCAAGUAGAUUUAAGUCAAAACUUUAACUCGGCCACUCAGGAACAUCCACUGUCUUCUUGCUAAGCAACUCCAGUUUAGAUUUGACAUUGUGUUUUAGGUUAUUGCCCUGCUGGAAGCUGAAUUCAUCUCCCAGUGUCUGGUGGAAAGCAAACUGAACCAGGUUUUCCUUUAGGAUUUUGCCUGUGCUUAGCUCCAUUCCGUUUAUUUUUUAAUCCUGAAAAACUCCCCAGUCCUUAACGAUUACAAGCAUACCCAUAACAUGAUGCAGCCACCACUAUGCUUGAAAAUAAGGAGAGUGGUACUCUGUAUGUGUUGUAUUGGAUUUGACCCAAACAUAACACUUUGUAUUCAGGACAAAACGUGUAUUGCUUUGCCACAUCUUUUGCAGUAUUACUUUACAUUUUAGUCAUUUAGCAGACACUCUUAUCCAGAUCGACUUACAGUUUAGUGAGUGCAUACAUUUUUCAUACUGGCCCCCCGUGGGAAUCAAACCCACAACCCUGGCGUUGCAAGCGCCAUGCUCUACCAACUGAGCUACACAGGGCCUUCGACUUUAGUACCUUGUUGCAAACAGGAUGCAUGUUUUGGAAUAUUUUUAUUCUGUACAGGCUUCCUUCUUUUCACUCUGUCAAUUAGGUUAGUAUUUGGAGUAACUACAAUGUUGUUGAUCCAUCCUGAGUUUUCUCCUAUCACAGCCAUUAAACUCUGUAACUGUAUUAAAGUCAACACUGGCCUCAUGGUGAAAUCCCUGACCGGUUUCCUUCCUCUCUGGCAACUGAGUUAGGAAGGAUGUUUGUAGUGACUUGGUGUAUUGAUAUACCAUCCAAAGUGUUGCUAAUAGCUUCACCAUGCUCAAAGGGAAUUCAAUGUGUGCUUUUUUCAUUUUUACCCAUCUAUUAAUAGGUGCCCAUCUUUGUGAGGCAUUGAAAAACCUCCCUGGUCUUUGUAGUUGAAUCUGUGUUUGGAAUUCACUGCUCAACUGAGGGACCUUACAGAUAAUUGUAUGUGUGGAGUACAGAGAUGAGGUAGUAAUUCAAAAAUCAUGUUAAACACUAUUAUUGCACACAAAGUCCAUGUAACGUAUUAUGUGACUUGUUAAGCAAAUGUUUACUCCUGAACUUUUUUAGUGUUGCCAUAACAAAGGUUUCGAAUACUUAUUGACUCAAGACAUAUCAGCUUUAAAUGUUUUAUUAAUUUGUAAAACAUUCAACACAAAUAAUUCCACUUUGACAUUAUGGUGUAUUGUGUGUAGGCCAGUGACAAAAAAUCUCAAUUUAAUCUGUUUUAAAUUCAGGCUGUAACACAACAAAAUGUGGAAAAAGUCAAGGGGUGUGAAUACUUCCUGAAGGCACUAUAAUUGAAAAUAAUGCCAUUGUUGAUUAGAUGCUUUUUUCAUUAAUUAGGCCAUUUUCUCUUGAACCAUAUAGUCUAUCUACUAGAAACUCAUGGACAAUAUGGACACAAUACAUGAAUACUAUUUAUGAUUAUUAUUAUUUUUUUUUUUUAAGUAUAUAUUGCCAAAGUUACGAUAGAUUGACAUAUAUUUUCUGUUAAUUACCUACAUUACCCUAGAUUCCGGUAACUUUGGUAAAUUACCGGUAGCUUUGCAACAGUACUCAUGAGGGAGAGAAAUUAGAAAAUAUAUUAAAAAAUAUGUGAGGUUUUGGUAACAGAAUGACAAGACACUAGCCAAUAGUUCUUAAACUUACAGAAGGCAAAUAAUUUCUGCAAAACUAAAUAUAAAUGUUGAUAUUAUUAUGUUUUGAUGAGUUUCUAAUACCUUAAGACUUUUUCUAGAACAUGUUUUUCAAGACCCCUUUUCCAUAUGUGUGACCAGAAAUCAAAGCAUUUGCUUAUUCCUUUAUUUUUAGGCUGGAAAUGGUUGAAAAACGUAUAUUUGCCUUCAUUUCCAAAAAAUAUAGACUAGUAGCUUUCAUUUGACAUCACAUUUUAUAUGCUCCUAUAAACACAUUUGUGCUCAUGGGUUCUUUUACAUGAAAUUACCUGGAGCAGACAGUGGGGCAGGGGGCAUGUGAUGUUAACAUUUGCUGGUCUUUAUAUGAUCAGGGUAGGCUGUUAGGAGCUUACCCUAAAGUUUAAACCAGUGAGAUAUUGGCUAAAGUAUUAUUAUUAUUAUUAUUAUUAUUAUUAUUAUUAAAUUCAUACACUAUACAUCAAAGUUAACUCUGUCCUCUCUCACCUGCCAGAAAACAUUCCCUCCCUCCCUGUCUGUCUGUGUGUCCCAUUUGGCAGAGGCCAUGUUCAGGUAAUUAGGCCCUCGUUAACCAGGAGUGGUUGUUGCUGUAAUUAGAAUCACCACUGGGCUGCUUCUCUCACUUCUGAUGACAUCAUGGUCACUGGAGGUGCAGGGGUUACCACGGUUAUAACUACAUCAGCCAAGGUGAGGUAACAAGUCCCAAACACAUGCUCAUCCACUGGAGGAUAUGGUGUGUUGUUGUGUUGUUUUUCCCUCCUUACAACUGGAAAAGUAGUAGAGAUCAAAAGUCUGUCAUACUGUGUUGUGUGUCUGCACUGCAGUGUGUUUAUGUGUGCUAGCAUCCAUGUCCUUGUACUGUAUGUGCCUGCCAUUCAUUCACUGCGUGCAUCGCCAUUUGACCUCCUCCUCCACGGAUAUGUCACAUCAGUGUUGUCUUGAUGCUCCUUCUUGUUCAUCUCUCCAGGCAGAGGCAGCCAUGCAGAGGCAGAUGUAGACAGAGGCAGAUGUAGACAGAGGCAGAUGUAGGCAGAGGCAGAUGUAGGCAGAGGCAGAUGUAGGCAGAGGCAGAUGUAGGCAGAGGCAGAUGUAGACAGAGGCAGAUGUAGGCAGAGGCAGAUGUAGGCAGAGGCAGAUGUAGACAGAGGCAGAGGCAUGCAGAGGCAGGCAUGCAGAGGCAGAUAGAGGCAGAUGUAGGCAGAGGCAGGCCGAGGCAGAUGUAGGCAGAGGCAGAGAGAGGCAGAUGUAGGCAGAGGCAGAUGUAGACAGAGGCAGGGAGAGGCAGAUGUAGACAGAGGCAGGGAGAGGCAGAGGCAGAGAGAGACAGAGGCAGCCUGGCUGUCACAGCAGUCAUUUUAAGAUGAUUUAAAGGAUUAUUACAUUGCCCACAGGGAAAAAGCCAUCCCUCGCUUAUUUAUUUAUCCUCUCUCUCUCUUUCUCUCUUUCUGCUGAUGUUGAGAUUUCUGUGAUCAAUCAGUUUAUGUCAGUUAUAUCAGUGUUAGGACCAAAGCCUGGACACAGGCGAGGGCAAAUGCAAUAAAAUAUUUGGAAGUGUUUCACCUUGAUGAAAAUAAGAUAAAACAACAGACAAUGGAAUAAAAUGUGUUCAAUCUCUUUGUGUGGAGAGCAAAAUGAAUGAGCUAUAUCGAUAGAGAACAUGUGUGUGCCUGUGUGUGGGUCUCUGGAUAUUGUCAGGCAUGUUUUUAAGAGACAAGUGGUUCAGUCUCCAGCAGUUAUGAUAUGAAGGUUUGGCAUAGAAAGGUGUUUUCGCCUGGUCACAGACAGCUGAUGUGUUGUACACUGAAGUCCACAAGUGAAGGGAAAAGGUGAGAGGAGGAGAGCACAUUUACAUUUACAUUUUAGUCAUUUAGCAGACGCUCUUAUCCAGAGCGAUUUACAGUUAGUGAGUGCAUACAUUUUCAUACUGGCCCCCACAUAGAUGCAAGAAGAAAUGAACGCGCAAAGUGAUCAUGCUGUUUGUAUGUGGCUGCUAUGAAAGUUAACUAUGUUUGCGUGUGAUCAGGGGUGUAUUCAUUCCGGCGAUUCUGUUGAAAAAUGUUUCUUAAACGGAAGAAAACAUAACGAAACGGGAUAAACAUACCUGAAUUUGUCCAAUAGAAACUCUCGUUUGCAACUGUUGGACUAAUGAUUACACCCUAGAUCAGCUAGAUGCAGGCAAGAGUGUGCAAGGUGGUAUUGAAUGUGUCGCUGUCUGUCACCUUGAUUACAAAAAAAAUGUUUCUUGACCUGUGCACCUACGUUGUAAACUUUCAUUCAUAGGCUAGGUUGUAGCAUCCUCAUGAUGAUGAUGUUGAAAAUUUGAGUAUCAUGUAUUAACCUAAACCUAUCGAUGUUACAUUGAGCUGGGUGAAUAGAAUAUGAAUGACAGUCAUCCAAUAUGCUGUAAUAGAAAUAAGGCCAUGCUCAUUUAAAAAAAACAUCCUCCCUCAUCUUAAACAGCACUGACCGCCACUGCUACAUAUAUUUCAGGAUGUUGUGUAUCCCUGGAAAUAAUCAGAAUUCAUGGAAACAUUACAGUUUUGUAAAACAUAGCUUGUCCCAAAAAAGUGGUAUCUUGGCACAACUUACCCCAUGGGGCAAGCUGAGUCAUGGGACAGGGUAAGUUAAGCCACCUACAAAUGUCUGUACUGAAUGAAAUAUUACCACUACCUUUUUAAAACCGUAUCUUUCUUUAUUUCCCAAAAACAAUUCAACACAAUCACAAUUGCUUUUUGUCUUUUAAUCAUUUUAAGCAUAUUUUAACACAGGCUUAACACCUAACAAACACUUUGUACUUAUUUUUACACAUUUAACAUAGGCCAGGUCCUGCUGUUACGUCAUAUCCCAGCAAUAAUGCCUUGCAUUAUGCCUGGGAAGAAUACACUUCAAUUUGCUCAUCUUGCCAUUGGCUCAACCAUUAGCUCAACUUACCCAAUGGCCAUUGGCUCAACUUACCCAAAGGCUAAAUGUUGACUAUAUUAGCCCACACAGCUACAAGGAUGCGCUUUCAUGCUAGGUUUAGGACCUCAUAUAGAAGCUUAUAGAGACACCAACUGAUGUAUAGAACAAUCUUUGAAUGAUCUACUUUGGUUUAGAUACAAGCAUCAUGAAACCUCUAACAAAAUACAUUCAUUUGACUUGUGGUUUCUUCCUUCACAGACUGUUCCUAAAUAUCUGGUCAAAUUCUGAAUUAUGUGUAUGUUUUCCUAGAAAAAAGGGAGGCUCAACAUACCCCUUAGGCUCAACUUACCCCACUCUCCCCUACAAUGUUCUGUCUAUGGCCUUGAAGGUCAUCAACAUGAUAUGGACCAUACAGGCCAUGACAUUACAACUGUCAACAGAAUUAUGGUAGCUAGUGCAACACGACAGGACUGUGCCAACUAAAAUACACUUUGGAUAAACAGAUCUGCUGAAUGACCAUAUUAUUGUUUCAUAUUAGGACUUGGGGUUACAGGUUCAUCCUUUGGAAAUUGACUGUCAUUUAAUUAUAUAUGAAAAAUAAAAUGUAUGCACUCACUAACUGUAAGUCGCUCUGGAUAAGAGUGUCUGCUAAAUGACUAAAAUGUAAAUGUAAAUGUAAUUAGUUUGUUAGGUCAAGUUCAAGUUCAUUAUUAUGCCAUGAAUUUGAUCUUGUUAAUCCCAAACUGUCAGUCCAAAGUGAUUGACACCUGACAGUAAAUAGUUCCCUGUGUUCAUCCUAUCCAGCCUGUUAGUAGAAAGUCUGGUCCCUGCUGGCCUCUUGUAUGAUCCAAUACCACACAGGGGCCAGGGCCCCACAGAUACACAGCUUGACGCGUCUCUAAAAGGGAGUGUGAGACCAGUCUAUAGCCCAGUUGGCAGUGUGGUGUGGCCACUGUCCUGUCCUGUCACUUACCUGUCCCCUGAGCGAGUGGACUGUGGGCUGAGCAGGGCCAGGAUUAGAGGUGCUGAGACCUCCAGCUGUGCAGGGAUCAGCCAGCCUGAUAUUUACUGUUAUUUUGCUCAGCAUCCUUCACUCCAUAUACAGUGCCUUGGGAAAGUACUCAGACCCCUUGACUUUUUCCACAUUUUAUUACAUUACAGACUUAUUCGAAAAUGGACCACCCCAUAAUGACAAAGCAAAAACAGGUUUUUAGAAUUUAGAAAUAUCACAUUUACAUAAGUAUUCAGACCCUUUACUCAGUGCUUUGUUGAAGCACCUUUGGCAGCAAUUACAGCCUCGUGUCUUAUUGGGUAUGACGCUACAAGCUUGGCACACAUGUAUUUGGGGAGUUUCUCCCAUCCUCUCAAGGUUGGAUGGGGAGCGUCGCUACACAGGUAUUUUCAGGUCUCUCCAGAGAUGUUCGUUCGGGUUCAAGUCCGGGCUCUGGCUGCGCCACUCAAGGACAUUCAGAGACUUGUUCCGAAGCCAUUCCUGUGUUGUGUUGGCUGUGUGCUUAGGGUCGUUGUCCUGUUGGAAGGUGAACCUUUGCCCCAGUCUGAGGUCCUGAGCACUCUGGAGCAGGUUUUCAUCAAGGAUCUCUCUGUACUUUGCGCCAUUCAUCUUUCCCUCGAUCGUGCCUAGUCUCCCAGUACCUGCCGCUGAAAAACAUCCACCACCAUGCUUCACCGUAGGGAUGGUGCCAGGUUUCCUCCAGACGGGAUGCUAGGCAUUCAGGCCAAAGAGAUCAAACUUGGUUUCAUCAGACCAGCGAAUCUUGUUUCUUAUUGUCUGAGAGUCUUUAGUUGCCUUUUGGCAAACUCCAAGCGGGCUGUCAUGUGCCUUUUACUGAUGAGUGGCUUCCAUCUGGCCACUCUACCAUAAAGGCCUGAUUGGUGGAGUGCUGCAGAGAUGGUUGUCCUUCUGGAAGGUUCUCCCAUCUCCACAGAGGAAGUCUGGAGCUCUGUCAGAGUGACCAUCAGGAUCUUGGUCACCUCCCUGACCAAGUCCCUUCUCCCCCGAUUGCUCAGUUUGGCCAGGCGGCCAGCUCUAGGAAGAGUCUUGGUGGAUCCAAACUUCUUCCAUUUAAGAAUGAUGGAGGCCAAUGUGUUCUUGGGGACCUUCAAUGCUGCAGACAUUUUUUGGUACCCUUCCCCAGAUCUGUGCCUCGAAACAAUCCUGUUCCAGAGCUCUACGGACAAUUUCUUCGACCUCAUGACUUGGUUUUUGAUCUGACAUGCACUGUCAACUGUGGGACCUUAUAUAGAUAGGUGUGUGCCUUUCCAAAUCAUGUCCAAUCAAUUGAAUUUACCACAGGUGGACUCAAUCAAGUUGUAGAAAGAUCUCAAGGACGAUCAAUGGAAACAGGAUGCACCUGAGCUCAAUUUCGAGUCUCAUAGGAAAGGGUCUGAAUACUUAUGUACAUUUUCAAAAAUGUGUUUUUGGUUUGUCAUUAUGAGGUAUUGUGUGUAGAUUGAUGAGGGGAAAACAUUUUUUUAAAUCAAUUUUAGAAUAAGGCCUGAAUCCUUUCCGAAUGCACUGUAUACACUGUCCUCUGUCCUCUGAGGUUCACUUCACACAGCUCUGGUAAUGACCUGCUUUAUCUGUAUUUACUGUAACGGUUUUCUAUUACGAUUGCAGUCUCAGGAUGAACCCCCCAAAAUUAUUUAACAGACUGCUUUUGCAGAAUAUUUUAACUUUUACCCUUCAUGGAGAGAUGGAUAAAGAGCUGGGGAGUGAGGGGUUUAAACAGAUAGUGUGGAAGAGAUGGAGGAAUAGAUUGUGAAAGCGGUGGCAGAACAUUUUUGGAGGAGAGAGUGAGGGUUGGGGGAGAGAUUAGUGCAAAGGUUUGUGAAUAAAUAAACAAGAUGGUUUGUCAGAGGAGACAAGAGACUGCAGGCAGAACUACUGCUGCUGCUGGAAGAGACCGGGAUCUCUCUGUGUGUGUGUGUGUGUGUGUGUGUGUGUGUGUGUGUGUGUGUGUGUGUGUGUGUGUGUGUGUGUGUGUGUGUGUGUGUGUGUGUGUGUGUGUGUGUGUGUGUGUGUGUGUGUGUGUGUAAGAGAGAGACAGAAGACAGAAGACUGACAGAAGAUGAGGGGAAAACUGAUUAAACCUGAUUCCUGGAAGUCUGCCACAGAAAGGCCUCUUGUGGGAUGAGCGGUUAUGUUUUCAUAUUUUUCUGCUCUCCUUCCUCUCUCUUUCACCACUGCUUACUCUCAGCUCACUCUCAGUGCCAGCACAGACAGCUGAAUGGGAAGUAAUAUUUGACACAGAGGCACUUUGCAACAUGUUACAAUAGAGUGUGCUGUGUAUGUGGUAUAUGUGACGUGUUUGUGUGGUGUGUGUAUGAGGUCUGUGUAUGCAGUGUGUAGGGAGGAUGGAAUGUCCUCCGUCAGAGGAGACUCGUUGUGAUCUCCCUCUGAUGAGCUAUCAUCGGAAAACUUUGACUGAUUCCCCAUGCCUAUCUGUCUAUAAAACUGUCAUCCAUAAAGAAUUGAUGCCAUUUGCUGAGGUGGCACUGCAGUCAGCCCUCUGAUUGAUAGUCCAUCUUUAUUUGCCCAGGUGCUCUGUGCAGGGAGGAGGGGCAGGAGAUUGUUUAAUGUGAGUGCCUAUGCUCGCUGGGUUUUGGUAGACUGUGUCUAUGUGUGGGAGACCAGUGAUGCUGUCCUCCACUGCUACCUUUGACCUUUAACUGUCCCCCAGACUGCUUCUCUGUCUACAGUCCUGAUAAAUCUAUGGUGGGUUAGCACAGACCAGGGGGCAUGUGCCCAAAUGUGAUUAAGAUAGAUUUGGGGUGAAUAAUCCUAGAGGGUAGUGUAAGCUGCUUCCAGGGGCUCAGUAGCGCCUGUGGGGGGCAGAACACACCUGUUUCAACCACCUGGCCAUCACCCCUUCCCCCCUCCUCACCCACAUGGCUGGACUUGUUUUGAUGCCACGCUUUCCCCUGGCACAGAGGGUUGGUGGUGAUGACCUUAUAAACAGCUGUUACUUCACCAACACUAGCUUUGGCCUGCGGGCCGCCUUUUGCCGACCCCUGCUCUACUACAAUGAAACAACCAACAGGACGUGUAUGACAAGUGUGAUUAUGGAUUGAUACCAUGCAUUACCAUGUGAAUGAGCUUUCUCUUUGUCCUGAAUGGUCGCUAGUUCUAAUCCCCGAGCCGACUAGGUGAAAAAUCUGUCGAUGUGCCCUUAAGCAAGGCACUUAACCCUAAUUGCUCCUGUAAGUCGCUCUGGUUAAGAGCGUCUGCUAAAUGACUAAAAUGUAAAUGUUUCUCUUUGCUUAUUUGAGCUGUUCUUGCCAUAAUAUGGACUUGGACUUUUACCAAAUAGGACUAUCUUCUGUAUACACCCCCUACCUUGUCACAACACAACUGAUUGGCUUUAAGAAGGAAAUAAAUUCCACAAAUUAACUUUCAAGAAGGCACACCUUUUAAUUGAAAUGCAUUCCAGGUGACUACCUCGUGAAGCUGGUUGAGAGAAUGCCAAGAGUGUGCAAAGCUGUCAUCAAGGCAAAGGGUGGCUAUUUGAAAAAUAUUUUGAUUUGUUUAACACUUUUUGUGUUACUACAUGAUUCCAUAUGUGUUAUUUCAUAGUUUUGAUGUCUUCACAAUUAUUCUACAAUGUAAAAAAUAGUAAAAAUAAAGAAACACCCUUGAAUGAGUAGGUGUGUCCAAACGUUUGACUGGUAGUGUACAUGCUGUGUGCCAUCUGUAUGUGUCCAGCAGAAAUAAUGUAAUCGUAGCCCUGCAGUAAACAAAGCUCAGAAUAUCCCUCCCCACUCCGCUUUCUCAGUUAGCUAGGCAGCUCUGCUCUCCACUGAUGUGUUUGAACACGCUGGAUGGUUUCUAGGCACAGAUGGUCCCAGGCAUUUCACUGCUUCUCUCUGACAUCACUUCUCUCAAUUAAAUCCCAGCAGAAUUUGACCGAUGGAGAGAAAUGCUGAUUUUAAUGCAAUUUCAUCUGCCUGUUUACUGUUUUAUCAAUUGUCAGUGAGAAGAGAGGAGAGAACAGCAGGCAUAUUGGAGAAGAUAAAUGGCAGCCAUUUUUUUCUGAGAUUCACAGGCGUAGUCCCCUCCCUCUCUCUGCUUCUCUCUGUAUCUCAUUGUUUCUCUUACACACCUACUCUGAAAAGCUGUACAGUUAUAUUGGUAAUUAAACCUGGGUUUAGUGAGAACACAUUAACACAUUUAUGGUCAUUAUUUUGUGUUAUCUAGUUCUUUCCAUUGUGGCUGAGCAACCUUUCGCAACACUGCACUGUGUGAUCUCAGCGAAGGAAGACAAGUGCAUGUAAGAAAGCCCUCACUCCCCGGGCAAUAGCUGCUUUAGUGAAACAAGGCGGAUAAAAGGGCAGAUUCAAAUCCCUGACUCACACUCCCGCUGAUGCAUAACAUUGCUGGAAGGUUUUAUGAUGCGACCGCUCUCCGAAAUAAAAUACAAUUCCGUAUCUCUCUCUCUCUCUCUCUCUCUCUCUCUCUCUCUCUCUCUCUCUCUCUCUCUCUCUGUAUCUCUCUCUCUCUCUGUGUAUCUCUCUCUCUCUCUCUGUAUCUCUCUCUCUCUCUCUGUGUGUAUCUCUCUCUCUCUCUCUCUCUCUCUCUCUCUCUCUCUCUGUGUAUCUCUCUCUCUCUCUCUGUGUGUGUAUCUCUCUCUCCCUCUCUCUCUGUGUGUAUCUCUCUCUCUCGCUCUCUGUGUGUAUCUCUCUCGCUAUCUCUCUCUCUCUCUCUCUCUCUCUCUCUCUCUCUCUCUCUGUGUGUAUCUCUCUCUCUCUCUCUCUCUCUCGCUCUCUCUCUCUCUCUCUCUCUCUCUCUCUGUAUCUCUCUCUCUCUCUCUCUCUGUGUGUGUAUCUCUCUCUCUCUCUAUCGCUCUCUCUCUCUCUGUAUCUCUCUCUCUUGCUCUCUCUAUCUAUCUCUCUCUCUAUGUAUCUCUCUCUCUUGCUCUCUCUAUCUCUCUCUCUCUCUCUCUCUGUAUCUCUCUAUCUAUCUCUCUCUCUGUGUGUAUCUCUCUCUCUCUCGCUCUCUGUGUGUAUCUCUCUCGCUAUCUCUCUCUCUCUCUCUGUGUGUGUAUCUCUCUCUCUCUCUCUCUCUCUGUGUGUAUCUCUCCCUCUCUCUCUCUCUGUGUGUGUAUCUCUCUCUCUCUCUAUCACUCUCUCUCUCUCUGUAUCUCUCUCUCUUGCUCUUUCUAUCUAUCUCUCUCUCUAUGUAUCUCUCUCUCUCUCUCUCUCUCUCUCUCUCUCUCUCUCUCUCUCUAUCUAUCUCUCUCUCUCUGUGUGUAUCUCUCUCUCUUUCUCUCUCUCUCAAUUCAAUUCAAUUUGCUUUAUUGGCAUGACAUAACAAUGUACAUAGGGUAUAUUCAUGUGUCAAUGGUAAAAGUAAUGAAGGGAGAAGCACUCACUGUUAUAGUCAAGACAUGCCACCAGGCACAUAGACAGACAGUAGGAUGCAAUUGGGGGCGUCAUGGGAUUAAAGAUCAGGGAUUGGAUGUGACCUGCUGAAUGAUGUUACUUCAAGUCAUAACCUAUAAUAAUCACUGGGCAUCCUUACCCCCUUGCUCCUGAAGCUUCACUUGCUUAUACAAUUGUAUGAACAAUUCAAAUUGAUACUUUGUUUGCCGCCAGCCACAUCCUCUCUUGGUCUGUUGUCUGUGCCUGCUUGCCGUGGCUGCCUGGCUGCUAAAAAGAGAGCAUUCUAAUAGGUAAUGUGCAUCUGUUCUGGGCACAUGGCCCUGGGGGACCCUGGGUAAAUGCUCAACGUCUCUACUCUGAAGUUUCUCCCGACUGAUUGCUGAUUACUUUUUCAGGGCACAGACAUGAUAAGUUGUUUAUUUAUUCAAAAAUCCCCCAAUAAAAAUAACCCCCUCCCUGUUCCAGCCCCCAUUGUGUGUCUGUUGUUUCUCUCGAUCUUUUGAAAAAUAAUAAUAUGCUCAUCAGAAAAUGUUUGUACUUAACCUGGGCAACUGUAUUUGUGUGUGUGUGUGUGUGUAUUUGUGUGUGUGUUGGAGAGAGAGAGAGUGUGCGAUCGUGCAUGUGUCUGGAUCUGUGUGUGAAUGUGCGUGUGUGUUAGAGAGAGAGUGCGUGAUCGUGAGCGCGUGUGUGUGUAUACAGUAUGUUUGUGUUGGAGAGAGAGUGUGCGAGCGUGCGUGUGUGUGUCUGAAUCUGUGUGUGCAUAUGUGUGUGCAGUGGUGUAAAGUACUUAAGUAAAAAGACUUUCAAAUACUACUUAAGUCGUUUUUUUUGGUAUCUGUACUUUACUUUAUUAUUUAUAUUUUUGACAACUUUUACUUUUACUUCACUACAUUCCUAAAGAAAAUAAUGUAAUUUUUACGGUCCAAUUCACGCACUUAUCAAGAGAACAUCCCUGGUCAUCUACUGCCUCUGAUCUGACGGACUCACUAAACACAAAUGCUUUGUUUGUAAAUUAUGUCUGAGUGUUGGAGUGUGACCCUGGCUAUCCGUAAAUAAAUAAAAACAGAAAAUGGUGCUUUCCGAUUUGCUUAAUAUAAGGAUUUUGAAAUUAUUUAUACUUUUACUUAGACUUUUGAUACUUAAGUACAUUUUAUCAAUUACAUUUACUUUUGAUACUUCAGUAUAUUUAUAACCAAAUAUUUGUAGACUUUUACUGAAGUAGUAUUGGGUGACUUUCACUUUGACUUGAGUCAUUUUCUAUCAACGUAUCUUUACUUUUACUCAAGUAUGACAAUUGCAUACUUUUUCCACCACUGUGUGUGUGUGCGUGUGUAUGUGUCAUAAGUAUGACAGAAAUGGGACAGCCCUCUGACUGCUGUUGAGAAAGCGACUCACCCCUGCAGGCUGUUCUCAUCACAUAGAAUAUUCAACAAACUCCAACUACUUUUUAGCAGACCUCUGUCAAGAGAGAUCAUAUUAUAAAACACACCAUUCUACAGCCAGCAACGCCAGCAGUAGUCCUAGUUGUUGGACAGCAUUUAGAUGGUAACUUGAUAAGAAGUAAGUAAAAGCACUUGAUUGCUAGAGUUGGCCUAGAUGAGGUAUGGAUGUUUAAGAAUCAUCAUGUCAUAGCUCAUUUAUGAUAUGUUGUGAGACCAAAGCCAGAACAAACAAUAACCUGCUUCUAUUUAACAUCUGCUCUCUUUUUAAAUCAAUAUCUCUCUUUUAAUUGCUCACAUGCAGUUUCAAGCCCUUUUCAUCUCCACUUUCUGUGUUUCUGGUGUUUAGCAAAGCAGCCUUUCUGAAAUAAUGUAGAUUGUGCAGAUUUCUGUCUCAUUUUGGGAGGCUUGGAUGGUGGCAACGAUUGAAUGAUGGCCUUAAGCUACAUGUACGGGACCAGUUUGUGAUAUUAGGAUGCAGUUACCAGAUACACCACCACCCUCUAGUCCCCCUCUCACUUUAAUCACAUAAUGAAUAUUGUCAUUUAUUUUCAAAUAUCUUCACAUUAUAUUAUACUUUUCCACCCACUGUGCAAGAGAACUGAAACCAGUGGAGGCUCCUCAGAAGAGGAAGGGGAGGACCACCAUCCUCUGUGAAUUUCAUAAAAAAAUUUUUAAGAUAAAACUAUGCUAAAUAUAUUCACAUGUCACCAAAUAAUUGAUUAAAACACACUGUUUUGCAAUGAAGGUUUACAGUAGCCUCAGCAGCGCUCUGUAGGUAGCACCAUGGUGCAGCCGGAGGACAGCUAGCUUCCGUCCUCCUCUAUGUACAUUGACUUCAAUACAAAACCUAGGAGGCUCAUGGUUCUCACCCACUUCCAUAGACUUACACAGUAAUUAAGACAACUUCAGGAGGACGUACUCCAACCUAUCAGAGCUCUUGCAGCAUGAACUGACAUGUUGUCCACCCAAUCGAAGGAUCAGAGAAUGAAUCUAGUACUGAAAGCAUAAACUACUGCUAACUAGCACUGCAGUCCACAAAAUGUGGUGAGUUGUUGACUCAAAGAGAGAGAAAGGCAAUAAUUGAACAGUUUUGAACAAGUUAAUUUCUUCCAAAAUGAAGGAGAAGCAAGAAGCAUUCACUUAGCCUGUGAAUGCAGCUAGCUAGCUAGUUAAGCCUAAUCAAACACCUGGCUCAAACAGAGAGGGAUGCUAUGUUAGCUAGCUGGCAAUGGUUAUCCAAGGUUUGCCUUUGGUUUUAUUAAUUUAUUGCCACUGGGGCCCAUUGGUGUAACUGCUAAACUGCUUUCUGACUGUACACUGUACUGCAUGAUUCUAGCGGGUUUACUAACGCGUUAGUUCUAGUAUGUUGACUGUAGUCCACAAGUGAAGGGAAAAGCUGAGAGGAGGAGAGUGCAUAGUUGCGUGAAGGAAUUAUAUAUAUAUACAACGAGCAAAGUGAUCAUGCUGUUUUUAUGUGGCUGCUGUGAAAGUGAACUGUGUUUGCGUGUGAUCAGGGAUGUAUUCAUUCUGCCGAUUCUGUUGAAAAACGUUUCUUAAACGAAACCAAACGGAACAAAACGGGGAUAAACAUACCUGAAUUUGUCCAAUAGAAACUCUAAUUUGCAAUUGUUGGACUAAUGAUUACACCCUAGAGCAGCUAGAUGCAGGCAAGAGUGUGCAAGGCGGUAUUGAAUGUGUCACUGUCUGUCACCUUGAUUACUCAAUGUUCUCUCGACCUGUGCACCUACGUUGUAAACUUUCAUUCAUAGGCUAGGUUGUAGCAUCCUCAUGAUGGGUAAUGGGAAAUUUGAGUAUCAUGUAGUAGCCUAAACCUAUAGAUGUUACAUUGAGCUGGGUGAAUGGAAUAUGAAUGACAGUCAUCCAAUAUGCUGUAAUAGAAAUAAGGCCAAGCUCAUAAUUUUUUUGUUCAUCCUCCCUCAUCUUAAACAGACCGCCACUGACCGCCACUGAUUGAAGCCCAUUUCAGAAUCAUUCUAUUUCCUGACGGGAUAAAUGUAGACAGCCAGUGACUGCUCCCCCACCUCUGAACGGCUGGUUGGAAUAAUUGAGUGAUACCCAAUCAGACAGCGGUGGGCCCCUAUUUCUGAAAUAAUUAAACCCUGACAACACACUAUGCACGGCUGCUACUGCAGGGAGGGGGCUUGACUUUCAAUGUCUUCAAAUCAGAACACACACCAGCGUGAUUGGCCAUGAACAGAGGACAUCUGUGAGGGCAUCUCAUUGUGUUGGGUUGCUACCCUCUCAGAGGUGUGCAGUAUUGCAUCUAAAUGCACUUAUUCGCUGAUCAAAAUGUGUUCUCCCUAUUUGUGGGAAAACAAAUACAGCGGGAAUGUAGGCAUACAGUAAAUUACCCAUUUACAUAUGUAUUCAGACCCUUUACUCAGUACUUUGUUGAAGCAGUACUUGGGAAUGACGCUGCAAGCUUGGCACACCUGUAUUUGGGGAGUUUCUCCCAUUCUUCUCUACAGAUCCUCUCAAGCUCUGUCAGGUUGGAUGGGGAGUGCCACUGCACAGCUAUUUUCAGGUCUCUCUAGAGAUGUUUGAUCGGGUUCAAGUCCUGUCUCUUGCUGGGCCACUCAAGGACAAUCAGAGACUUGUCCUGAAGCCACUCCAGCGUUGUCUUGGCUGUGUGCUUAGGGUUGUUGUCCUGUUGGAAGGUGAACUUUCGCCCCAGUCUGAGGUCCUGAGUGCUCUGGAGCAGGUUUUCAUCAAGGAUCUCUCUGUACUUUGCUCCGUUCAUCUUUCCCUCGAUCCUGACUAGUCUCCCAGUCCCUGCUGCUGAAAAACAUCCCCACAGCAUCAUGCUUUACCGUAGGGAUAGUGCCAGGUUUCCUCCAGACGUGGCGCUUGGCAUUCAGGCCAAUCAUGGUUUCAUCAGACCAGAGAAUCUUGUUUCUCAUGGUCUGAGUCCUUUAAGUGCUUUUUGGCAAACUACAAGCGGGCUGUCAUGUGCCUUUUACUGAGGAGUGGCUUCCGUCUGGCCACUCUACCAUAAAGGCCUGAUUGGUGGAGUGCUGCAGAGAUGGUUGUCCUUCUGGAAGGUUCUUCCAUCUCCACAGAGGAACUCUGGAUCUCUGUCAGAGUGAUUACAUUUACAUUUACGUCAUUUAGCAGACGCUCUUAUCCAGAGCGACUUACAGUUAGUGAGUGCAUACAUUUUUUAUACUGGCCCCCCGUGGGAAUCAAACCCACAAUCCUGGCGUUGCAAGCGCCAUGCUCUACCAACUGAGCUACAGGAGGCCCAUUGGGUUCUUGGUCACCUCAAUGACCAAGGCGCUUCUCCACCGAUUGUACAGUUUGGCCAGGCGGCCAGCUCUUGGAAGAGUCUUGGUGGUUCCAAACUUUUUCCAUUUAAGAAUGAUGGAGGCCACUAUGUUCUUGGGAACCUUCAACGCUGCAGAAAUGUUUUGGUAACCUACCCCAGAUAUGUGCCUCGACACAAUCCUGUCUCGGAGCUCUACGGACAAUUCCUUCGACUCAUGGCUUGAUUUUUGCUCUGACAUGCACUGUCAACUGUGGGACCUUAUAUAGACUGGUGUGUGCCUUUCCAAAUCAUGUCCAAUCAAUUGAAUUUACCACAGGUGGACUCCAAUCAAGUUUUAGAAACAUCUCAAGGAUAAUCAAUGGAAACAGGAUACACCUGAGCUCAAUUUAGAGUCUCAUAGCAAAGGGUCUGAAUACUUAUGUAAAUAAGUAUUCAACUUUUUUUUUGCUUUGUCAUUAUGGGGUAUUGUGUGUAGAUUGAUGAGGAAAAUGUUUUAUUUAAUCCAUUUUAGAAUAAGGCUGUAACGUAACAAAAUGUGGAAAAAAUGAAGGGGUCUGAAUACUUUCCGAAUGCACUGUAUGUGGCUCAUAUGGCUUGUGAGUUUUGUUGUAUCCACUAUCCAUAUGGAAUGUCACACAGCACUUUUUGGAGGUGCCAUCUUUAAUGAGGCACAGCAGGAGUGACUGGGGUGGGAGGAAGAGGAGGAAGAAGGGCUUGUCUGAGUGAGGAGAGGAUUAUGUGUGACAGUGACAGAACCAUAGAGAUCCUAUUAAAUUACUAAGUAAGUAAGUAAGUAAAAAAUUAUAACAAUAAUUAUAAUUCCUAAUUCUAUGGACAUAACCCACCCAGCCAUAUGGCUCUAUAGACCUGGCCAGGCCUGUGUGACUGAGACACCCAUGAUCUCGUCUUCCACAGCUGACUGUGAUUGACAGCGCGGCCUCUGGGCUCUGGUGCCAACCCACACAGUGCCUGUUUGACUAGAGAUCUGAUCUGGGCCCUGGCUCUCCUCCAGUUAUUCCCACCACAAUAUACUCUAUCUACCGUACCUGGACUCUAUUACUGACUGACAGAGUGGAUCUAAUUUAUACACCGUACUGUAUGUACUUGUCAUUUUACAGUGUGCUGUCCAUGUAUUUGUUUUGGUUGAUCCUCAAAGUAGAAGCACAGUGGAUUAUGAAGCACUAUGUCCACAAAUGUUGUAGGAUGAACCAACUAAAAACCUUGCUUAGAAAGUACCUUACCCCCCUCCCCUCUCUCUCUCUCUCUCUCCCUCUGUCUCUCUCUCUGUCUCGCUCUCUCUCUCUCUCUCUCUCUCUCUCUCUCUCUCUCUCUCUCUCUCUCUCUCUCUCUCUGUCUCUCUCUCUCUCUCUCUCUCUCUCUCUCUCUCUCUCUCUCUCUCUCUCUCUCUGUUUCUCCCAGUGUUGCGUGAUGACUUCAGACAGAACCCCCAGGACUUGGUGGUGGCGGUGGAGGAUCCUGCCACCAUGGAGUGCCAGCCUCCUCGUGGGCACCCUGAGCCCACCACCUUCUGGAGGAAAGACAAGGCCCGCCUGGACCUCAAAGAUGACAGGAUCACUGUGAGUACUACUUCCUGAGGACCCGGUCCUCUGUGUCUACUCUCAUUAGGGAUAACUAAAAUAUACAGAUUAAAUGACCCCCCCCCCCCCCCCCCCCCCCCCCCCCCCCUUCCCAGAAUGUCUGAUGUAGACUCUGUUGAGCCAUCUCUGUUGUCUGACUGUCAGGUUCGUGGAGGGAAGUUGACCAUCUCCAACACCAGGAAGAGUGAUGCAGGGAUGUACGUGUGUGUGGCCACCAACAUGGUGGGGGAGAGAGACAGUGAGACGGCUCAGCUCUCUGUGUUCGGUAAGGACAGAUACUGGACAGACUCUUUUCUCUGUGCUUAUCUGUAAUGGCUGCAGUGGCUACAUGCUAUCUGUUUCUGUUUUUAAAUAUUGCUUAGAAAACCUAUAGACUCCUGUCUUGUCUGUCUAUGUGUUUGGUGGUUUUCCAGAGAGACCCACGUUUGUGCGUCGGCCAGUGAACCAGGUGGUCCUGGUGGAGGAGAGUGUGGAGCUCAGGUGUCAGGUACAGGGAGACCCACCACCCUCUCUACGCUGGAGGAAGGACGACUUGGAUAUACCCCGCAGCAGGUUAGGAGAGAAAGUGUGUGUCUCUAUGUGCCCUGGUGCCUACACGUACCUUCUGGUCUUUUAUGAUUUCCUGUUGUGGCUAUUGUUGAAACAAGUGUUAAUAUAUGGAUUGUGAGGCAGGACUAAUGAGUCCCAGGCUGUAGCUGGAGCAGGUAAACACCUGACAUGUUACUACAGCGUUGCUUUGAUCACGGUGCCUAACAUUGUUUCUCAAAGCCCACAGAGUCCUGUUCUUAAACCCAGAUUACAUGUAAUAUGCUACUUACUAUACAUAUGCUACCCUUAGAUACAGAGUGGAUUUGGAAUGUGUUCAUGCUCUUGUGUAUGCUGUCUGUGUGUGAGGGCAUGAGUAUAGCAUAUAUUGCCAUGUAUGUCUACCUGUGCAUGACUGUGGGUACAAUAUAUACACUACACAACCAAAAGUAUGUGGACACCUGCUCGUCAAACAUCUCAUUCCAAAAUCAUGGGCAUUAAUAUGGAGUUGGUCCCCCCUUUCCUGCUAUAACAGACUCCACUCUUCUGGGAAGGCUUUCCACUAGAUGUUGGAACAUUGCUGCGGGGACUUGCGUCCAUUCAGCCACAAGAACAUUAGUGAGGUUGGGCACUGAUGUUGGGCGAUUAGGCCUGGCUCGCAGUUGGCAUUCCAAUUCAUCCCAAAGGUGUUCGAUGGGGUUGAGGUCAGGGCUCUGUGCAGGCCAGUCAAGUUCUUCCACACCGCUCUAGACAAACCAUUUCUGUAUGGACCUCGCUUUGUGCACGGGGCAUUGUCAUGCUGAAACAGAAUGUCAUUGUAUACCGUAGCAUUAAGAUUUCCCUUCACUGGAACUAAAGGGCCUAGCCGAACCAUGAAAAACAGCCCCAGACCAUUAUUACUCCUCCACCAAACUUUAUAGUUGGCACUAUGCAUUCGGGCAGGUAGCGUUCUCCUGGCAUCCGGCAAACCCAGAUUCAUCCAUCGGACUGCCAGAUGGUGAAGUGUGAUUCGUCACUCCAGAGAACGCGUUUCCACUGCUCCAGAGUCCAAUGGCGGCAAGCUUUACAUCAGUCCAGCCGACGCUUGGCAUUCCGCAUGUUGAUCUUAGGCUUGUGUGCUGCUGCUCGGCCAUGGAAAUCAAUUUCAUGAAGCUCCCGACGAACAGUUCUUGUGCUGACGUUGCUUCCAGAGGCAGUUUGGAACUCGCUAGUGAGUGUUGCAACCGAGGACAGACAAUUUUGACGCGCUAGGUGGUCCCGUUCUGUGAGCUUGUGCGGCCUACCACUUCGCGGCUGAGCUGUUUUUGCUCCUAGACGUUUCCACUUCACAAUAACAGCACUUACAGUUGCCCGGGGUAGCUCUAGCAGGGCAGAAAUUUGAUGAACUGACUUGUUGGAAAGGUGGCAUCGUAUGUCCGUGCCACGUUCAAAGUCACUGAGCUCUUCAGUAAGGCCGUUUUACUUCCAAAUCAAAUCAAAUCUUAUUUGUCACAUACACGUGUUUAGCAGAUGUUAUUGCGGAUGUAGCAAAAUGCUUGUGCUUCUAGCUCCGACAGUGCAGUAAUAUCUAACAAGACAUAUCUAACAAUUUCACAACAUAUACCCAAUACACACAAAUCUAGUAAGGAAUGGAAUUUAAGAAUAUAUACAUAUAAUGUUUGUCUAUGGAGAUUGCAUGGCUGUGUGCUCGAUUUUAUACACCUUUCAGCAACGGAUGUGGCUGAAAUAGCCAAAUGAAAUAGCCAAAUUCACUAAUUUGAAGGGGUGUCCACGUACUUUUGUAAACAUUGUGUAUAAAUCACGUAAAUGUCUUUACUCUCCGUCCGCCUUUUUAUCUGUGUUUCUGUAUGUAUAUUUUAGUAUUCAAGCUCUUGAUUUUUUAUGAUGUACAGUGCAUUUGGAAAGUAUUCAGACCCCUUGACUUUUUCCACAUUUUGUUACAUUACAGCCCUAUUCUAAAAUGUAUUAAAUCAAUAUAAAUCCUCAUCAAUCUACACACAAUACCCCAUAAUGACAAAGCGAAAACAGGUUUUUAGAUAUAAAAAAGAAAUACCUUAUUUACGUAAGUAUUCAGCCCCCUUGCUUUGAGACGCGAAAUUGAGCUCAGGUGCAUCCUGUUUCCAUUGAUCAUCCUUGAGAUGUUUCUACAACUUGAUUGGAGUCCAGUUGUGGUAAAUUCAAUUGAUUGGACAUGAUUUGGAGAGGCACACACCUGUCUAUAUAAAGUUCCACAGUUGACAGUGCAUGUCAGAGCAAAAAACAAGCCAUGAGGUCGAAGGAAUUGUCCGUAGAGCUCCGAGACAGGAUUGUGUUGAGGCACAGAUCUGGGGAAGGGUACCAAAACAUUUCUGCAGCAUUGAAGGUCCCCAAGAACACAGUGGCCUCCAUUAUUCUGAAAUGGAAGAAGUUUGGAACCACCAAGACCUUCCCUAGAGUUGGCUGCCCGGCCAAACUGAGCAAUCGGGGUAGAAGGGCCUUGGUCAGGGAGUCAACCAAGAACCCGAUGGUCACUCUGACAGAGCUCCAGAGUUCCUCUGUGGAGAUGGGAGAACCUUCCAGAAGGACAACCAUCUCUGCAGCACUCCACCAAUCAGGCCUUUAUGGUAGAAUGGCCAGCCGGAACCCACUCCUCAAAUGACAGCCCGUUUGGAGUUUGCCAAAAGACACUAGAGGACUCUCAGACCACGAGAAACUUGGUUUUCUGGUCUGAUGAAACCAAGAUUGAACUCUUUGGCCUGAAUGCCAAGUGCCACAUCUGGAGGAAACCUGGCACCAUCCCUAAUCAAGUCAGGAUCGAGGGAAAGAUGAAUGCAGCAAAGUACAGAUGAAUGAUGAAAACCUGCUCCAGAGUGCUCAGGACCUCAGACUGGGGCGAAGGUUCACCUUCCAACAGGACAACAACCCUAAGCACACAGCCAAGUCAACGCAGAAGUGGCGUCGGGAAACGUCUCUGAAUGUCCUUGAGUGGCCUAGCCAGAGCCCGUAAUUGAACCUGAUCGUACAUCUCUGGAGAGCCCUGAAAAUAGCUUUUUAGCGAUGCUCCCCAUCCAACCCGACAUAGCUUGAGAGGAUCUGCAGAGAAGAAUGUGAGAAACUCCCCAAAUACAGGUGUGCCUAGCUUGUAGCGUCAUACCCAAGAAGACUCGAGGCUGUAAUCACUUCCAAAUGUGCUUCAACAAUUUACUGAGUAAAGGGUCUGAAUACUUACGUAAAUGUGAUAUUUCCGUUGUUGUUUUUUUAUACAUUUGCAAAAAUUUCUAAGAACCUGUUUUUGCUUUGACAUUAUGGAGUAUUGUGUGUAGAUUGAUGGGGGGGGGGGGGGGGGGGGGGGGUCCAUUUUAGAACAAGGCUGUAACGUAACAAAAUUUUGAAAAAGUAAAGGGGUCUGAAUACUUUCCGAAUGCACUUCAGAAAGUAUUCACACCCCUUUACAGCCUGAAUUUUAAAUGGAUUAAAUUGAGAUUUUGUGUCACUGGCCUACACACAUUGAAUAUCCCUGUGAGCAUGGUGAAGUUAUUAAUUACUCUUUGGAUGUUGUAUCAAUACACCCAGUCACUACAAAGAUACAGGCGUCCUUCCUAACUCAGUUGCUGGAUUGUAAGGAAACCACUCAGGGAUUUCACCAUGAGGCCAAAACAGUUACGGAGUUUAAUGGCUGUGAUAGGAGAAAACUGAGGAUGGAUCAACAACAUUGUAGUUACUCAACAAUACUAUCCUAAUUGACAGAGUGAAAAGAAGGAAGACUUUACAGAAUACAAAUAUUCCUAAACAUGCAUCCUGUUUGCAAUAAGGCACUAAAGUAAAACUGUCAGAAAUGUGGCAAAUAAAUGAAAUUCAACUCCUGAAUACAAGGUGUUAUGUUUGAGUUAAAUCCAACACAACACGUCAUUCAUAUUUUCAAGCAUAGUGGUGGCUGCAUCAUGUUAUGGGUAUGCUUGUAAUCGUUCAGGACUGGUGAGUUUAUCAGGAUAAAAAAUAAAUGGAAUGGAGCUAAGCACAGGCUAAAUCCUAGAGGAAAAACUUGUUCAGUCUGCUUUCCAUCAGACACUGGUAGAUUAAUUUACCUUUCAGCAGGACAAUAACCUAUAACACAAGGCCAAAUAUACACUGGAGUUGCUUACCAAGACGACAUUGAAUGUUCCUGAGGGGCCUAGUUACAGUUUUGACUUAAAUCGUCUUAAAAACCUAUGGUAAGACUUGAAAAUGGCUGUCUAGUAAUGAUCAACCACCAAAUUGACAAAGCUUGAAGAAUUUGAAAAGAAUAAUGGGUAUAUAUCGUACAAUCUAGGAGUGCAAAGCUCUUAGAGACUCACAGCUGUAAUUGCUGCCAAAGGUGAUUCUAACAUGUAUUGACUCGGGUGUAUUUCAUUUUCAAUACAUUUGCUAAAAUUUCUAAAAACAUGUUUUCACUUUGUCAUUAUGGGGUAUUGACUCUAGAUGGGUGAGAAAAAAAGUAUAUUUAAUCCAUUUUGAAUUCAGGUUGUAACACAACAAAAUGUAGAAUAAGUAAAGGGGUAUGAAUACUUUCUUAAGGCACUCUACCCGUCCUAGCUAGACUCAUAGAAAUAUACAUUUUAUUUACUUAGCUACACUACACAAGACCCAAGCUCUAGCAAUAUCUACUAUGUAUCAUUAUCUAAAUGAAGUGGCCAUCAGGACAACUGUCCAGAGCAAUAAUACAUUUACACAACUGGCUUCAGAAAUGCAGGGUAGUUUGAGGUUAGAGUCCUUAGCCUGGUGUCACAGCAGGAGGACUACGCUGCCAAUGGAGUCAAAAUGUGGUUAGGACCACAGCAUAAAACUAAAUUUACCAUGAAUCUCUGUUGGCCUGCCUAGUUUCUCAGUAACAGAAAACACUCUCACAGUUUGCCAAUGUUGAAUCCCAUAUGAAGUCUUUGACCCUAUUGGGAUCUUUAUGAGAGGAAAUAUAUGUUUCCCUCCAUGAUAUACUGUACAGUAAGUGUGUAUUUCUAAAGGAAGUACCCUGAAGUAGUAGUAGUGGUGUGUGAGAGAAUUAAGAUAGUGUUGGCUUCAGUCUGCGUGUUCAUCAGGACCAUGUGUCUGAGACGGGAAGUGGCCGUGAGGAACACUCUCUCAGACUGGGGUAGAGUAGAGUAGUGUCUGUCUGGCUGUACUUCCGUCUGGCUGUCUGUCUGCUCCCUGCUCACUCCUUUCUCCCUCCUUCCCCUGACUCCAGAAACAUGCCCUACUUCCAGACCUGCCUUUCUCUCUCUCUCUCUCUCUCUCUCUCUCUCUCUCUCUCUCUCUCUCUCUCUCUCUCUCUCUCUCUCUCUCUCUCUCUCUCUCUCUCUCUCUCUCUCUCUCUCUCUCCUCCCUUCCCUACUUCCCGCCCUCUCUUUCCCCAUCCCUCCCAGACCAGCCCUCCUGGGAGGUGUGUAUGUGGGUCAGAUACGUGACUGGAGUCUUCACAAGUUUCAGUAAGACACACCAACUGUCCGAACGGACAGAAAGCUCUAUCGAAAUUUCUCCCCCUCAUUUCUCUCACCUUCUCUUGUGUCUGUGGCCCCACCCCCCUCAUUCUGUUUCACUGCUCUGCUCGUCUCACAUGUCCAGACGUUAUGGAAGACUGGACAGAUUUACCGUCUGCUGGUCUGUCUGCUUCAGAGACCAGAGGAGGCCCCUUAGAAGGGAGAGUCCAUCUCCAUAAUGUUCCAUGCUCUGUAGCCAUGUCAAACCCUCUGCCCUUGAGUGAUGGACUGUUAGCCCUGCUCUGUUAAGACUGGUGUUUCUCUGAGUGAUGGACUGUUAGCCCUGCUCUUUUACGACUGGUGUUUCACUGAGUGAUGGACUGUUAGCCCUGCUGAUCGUGGACUACAGGAAAAGGAGGGCCGAACAUGCCCCCAUUCACGUCGACAGGGCUGUAGUGGGCCGGGUCGAGAGUUUCAAGUUCCUUGGUGUCCACAUCACCAACAAACUAUCAUGGUCCAAACACACCAAGACAGUCGUGAAGAGGGAACGACAACACCGUUUCCCCUCAGGAGACUGAGAAAGAUUUGGAAUAGGUCCCCAAGAUCUCAAAAAAGUUAUACAGCUGCACCAUCGAGAGCAUCCUGAACGGUUGCAUCAACGACUGGGUGGCAACUGCCCGGCAUCUGACCGUAAGGCGCUAAUGAGGGUAGUGCGUACUGCACAGUAAUAUGGGGCCAAAAGCUUCCGGCCAUCCAGGACCUAUCUAAUAGGCUUGGUGUCAGAGGAAGGCCCACCUUUUUUUCAAAUACUCCAGUCACCCAAGUCAUAGACCGUCCUCUCUGCUACCGCACGGCAAGUGGUACCGGAGCGCCAAGUCUAGGUCCAAAAGACUCCCUAACAGCUUCUACCGCCAAGCCAUAGGACCCCCCCCCCCCCCCCCCUUUGUUUUUACACUGCUGCUACUCACUGUUAUUUUUGCAUAUGACCCCCCUACCUACAUUACAAAAACCUUUGUUUUACAUGGCUACUCAUGUUAUUAUUAUGCAUAGUGACUUUACCCCUACCUACAUGUACAAAUUACCUCGACUAACCUGUACCCCCGCACAUUGACUCGGUACCGGUACCCCCUGUAUAUAGCCUCGUUAUUGUUAUUUUAUUGUUAUUUUUUUUUUUUUUUUUAUACUUUAGUUUAUUUUGUAAAUAUUUUCUUAACUCUAUUUCUUGAACUGCAUUGUUGGUUAAGGGCUUGUAAGUAAGCAUUUCACGGUAAGGUCUACACCUGUUGUAUUCAGCACAUUCGUGACAAAUACAAUUUGAUUUGAUUUGUUAGGACUGUUGUUUGUCUGAGUGAUGGACUGUUAGCCCUGCUCUAUUAGGACUGUUGUUUCUCUGAGUGAUGGACUGUUAGCCCUGCUCUGGCUGCCUUAAUCGACUUCCACGUCAUCGGCUCCCGGGGAGCAGUUGUUGUGGAGGUUAACAGCCUUGCUCAAGGGCAGAACAGCAGAUUUUUCCACCUUGUCGGCUCGGGAAUUUGAACAAGCAACCUUUCGGUUAUUGUCCCAACGUCAGCUAUAGACAGUCUCUCCCUCUCUCUCUCUCUCUCUCUCUCUCUCUCUCUCUCUCUCUCUCUCUCUCUCUCUCUCUCUCUCUCUCUCUCUCUCUCUCUCUCUCUCCCUCUCUCUCUUUCUCUCUGUCUCUCUCUCUCACUCACUCAUACACGCAUCAGCACAGCAUACACCCCACAGUGGGUGCCUCUUCUUCAUAAAUAUUGAAUUAGAGUAACAGUCAGGGUUCCAGCUGAAAGCCCCUUCUCCUCCUCCUCCGUAGCAGAAUGUAGUCUCUCUGCAGCGGGGAGUCUCAGAAAACCUUGCUUUAUUCUUCAAAACAGCCUUAUCUCCACAGCCUAUUAUUUUAUGUAAACUUUACUCUAAAAUGUCCCAGAAGUGGACUGGUUUUCUUACUGUAGGUGUAAUUGUUAUUUAUACAGAACGUAGCCCCUUUUUCCAACCGUAUCAAAGCAGCCGUUUAGUAAACAGUCAUGGCGUGCAAGCCAGCAGAGAUGCAAGACUGAUUACUGCAAGCUUGACUUCACCCUAAUGUCAACCACUCCUCUCCUCCUUCCCCAGGUAUGACAUCCGAUAUGAGAAGGAGGAUUUCCUCCUGAGGAUCAAGGAGGCAUCGGCUGGGGACCAGGGCACCUUCACCUGUGUGGCUGAGAACCGUGUGGGCAAAGUGGAGGCCUCGGCUACCCUCACCAUCAGGGGUGAGUACAGGCUACUGUAGGAGACAGACAGACACCACUCCUGUUCCUGGAGCUGUGGUAAUAGUCUCAGCAGGGUGGGCUUAGGCCCAGACCAAUCCUCUCCACCCUCCCCACCGUGUGUGUUAUUGCCCCCCUGAUGUGAGCCUGGAGCUGGGCUCAGUUCCUCUCUCUCCCAGGGCCCUGACUGGAUGAUUACACUAGGACCUCCAGCCUCCACACAAAGAUGAGCAUCUUAACCAGAACCAAUUGUGUUACACACCCUGGAUCUCACUCUCCAUUCCAACUCGCCUGCACAUUACAACACCACACUGUGUCCUCUCUCGACUGGGAUGCUAAUAGAACUGGUGCAGUGAGACUCUGGUAGGGUAUUUUAAGGGUAUUUGAGGUGAAGAGGGUAAGGGCAGGCGAGACUCAGCUUUCUGGUUUUGCCCUUUGUUUGUUUGUACAUAAGCACAGUGUGUCAGUGGUGAUGCUGUGAUCUUUCCACAUCUGUGACUGUGAAUAAGACAAUGUGAACAUUGUAUUACUAUAAAACCUUCCCAAACCAAGAUGAUGCCAGGUUUAUUUCCUUUACCUAAGCCCCAUGCCAUCACCUGCAUCUGUACCUGCUGGACUUUUGUACCCAACACCACAUCAUUCAUUUCUGAUUUUCAUUUAUUUUUCUUUCCCUCUCCUCUCCUCCUCUCCUCUCGGUCUUGUGUUUUGUGCUCACCCAUCCACACCAUUGUUCUGUCACCAGCUCGCCCUGUUGGUAAGUAAGAGCUGAUCCCAUUGUGCAUGCAUUACUCUCUCUCUCUCUCUCUCUCUCUCUCUCUCUCUCUCUCUCUCUCUCUCUCUCUGUCACACACACAUAUGCACAUGCACACGCACACGCACGCAAAUGCACAUGCUUAAAAGGGCUCAGUAAAUGUUCCUACACUUGCAUACAUACACACCCAUAAACACAAAACACACAUUCACACCUGAUUAUUCAACGUAACUAAUACAUGCACAUUUAGGUCCUUUCCUCCAACUUUCUGGUCAAGACAUAAUAGUUGAUAUGCAGUAGUUCUGAUGUAGAGACUACAAGGGGAGAAUGUGCGUUAAAGAACCCAUGCUCAUGAGUUGGUCUCAUUCAUUCAGGUUUGUGGCCAUCUGGAUGAAUGGCUUGUGUGGUCUGCUACCUGUAGAAAUGGCUGUUCAGAGAGACUACUAGACAUUCACCUGUUGCAUGUUGUUCCCUGCAGCCUGUAGCUUGUAGCUGAAACCUGUAGCGCUCCUUGCUUAGUUUGUGCACAUAAACAGCACUGUCUCUAAAUGUGUUCCUGCUGUGCUGUGGUGACAGUGGUUUCACUUCUCUGACCUUUGACCUUCAGAGGCUCCCCUGUUUGUGGUGCGACCCCGGGACCAGAUCGUGGCUCAAGGGCGCACAGUCACCUUCCCCUGUGAGACCAAGGGCAACCCCCAACCUACUGUGUUUUGGCAACGAGAGGGCAGCCAGGUAAGAAACACUUAUUUGAAUAACUUGUGUUGAAUGUCUGUGUGCUUUUAUACAUGAGAGUUCCCCUUUGUGUGUUGGCCUCCUCCUAUGCACAUAAACAAAAAUAACCUUCUCCUCGUUUACUUAAUUGAGACAUGGAGGUUGGGUCCUGAUUGGACAGUGGAUCGAGCCGUGGAGCGUGAUGGAGCGUUCCGGAUUCCCGGCCCCUGUGACAGUCACAUAAUGAUGUAGUCGUCAAUCAUCAGUCCACUCUGCAGGGCUCUGACGAGCAAUUUAUUUCACAAGAAAUGACAUUAAUUUGCUGCAUUAGUUGUUAAGCAUAAAGGGAUCAGGCUAAUGUCCUUCCCUUCCCCUCCGUUUGACUGCUCUCAGGUAGCGGAAUGGGGAAAAAAUCUAAUUGAAGCGAAAGAGAUAGAGAUUUCAAGGCUAUGUGUGGGCGGCCGGGAGGACUCACUUAAUUUCAAGACCCAUAGUGCAGGGCAUCAUCACUGGCAGGGCUGACCGCCUCUCACCCACAGUGUAAAUUACUGACCACUCCGAGUAGAUAGAGGACCCCGACCCCUCGGCCCCCACACUUACUACUGAAUUACAUACACAUUUCUAGGAUAAGUGAGUGAAUAGGAGGACUAAGGACAUAACAGCCUACUCAGUAAUGAACACACACUGAGAAUGGAAAUGGUGUAAAAUAGAGCAAGGUUUCAGAUGAUUGGUUUGACCUGUUGGUGCUUUUUAGUUAAUGCAGCCCGCUCUUGCCUUGUACAUGUAUGGUGUAUGGGACUAUACUGUUAUAUAACAUUGUAUUGCCAAGGUUGUCACUCCCUCUUUAUUUCCUGUCACUCUAACUUUCUCUAUCAUUCCCUCACAUUUCUUAUGUAACUAACUGAAUGUAUAAAUCAUUUAGUACAGUACAGUUAUGAUUUACUAUUCACUUAUACUAUUAACUACAACAUUUAGGCCUACAUUGAAUCUCGCCAUGUUUUCUAUGGGGCACAGGACAAAACACCAUGCUGUUUUUCAUAAUGAAUCUAUGUUAUCUCGCCAGGAUCUGCUGUUCCCCAGCCAGCCAGCCCAGGGAGACAGCCGUGUGUCAGUGUCAGUGAGUGGAGAGCUGACCAUCUCCUCCGUACAGCGCUCUGAUGCAGGCUACUACACCUGCCAGGCCCUCACUGUGGCCGGCAGCAUCCUGGCCAAGGCUCAGCUAGAGGUGGCAGAC